AUGGAGCAAGAAAUGUUGGAUUUAGAGAUUCAAACUGCUACUGAAGCUCCAGCUAUCUUCAAGAAAGCCAUUCGACCCGUCACAUUGAAGUUUGAAGACGUGGUUUACAAGAUCAAACAGAAGAAUAGUACCAAGAACGAAGAGAAAGUGAUCUUAAAUGGUGUCUCGGGACUCGUUCAACCGGGGGAAAUCCUCGCCAUGCUCGGCCCCUCCGGGAGCGGCAAAACGACUCUCCUAACUGCACUCGGAGGCCGGCUAGGCGGUCGACUCAGCGGCGCCAUAACCUACAACAACAAACCAUUCUCAAACGCAAUGAAAAGAAACACCGGCUUUGUAACCCAAGACGACUUUCUCUACCCCCACUUGACGGUCACCGAAACCCUGUUCUACACAGCCCUUCUUCGCUUGCCCAACACGCUAUCGAAAGCCAAGAAGGCUAUGCAAGCUGAGGCCGUGAUUAUACAACUGGAGUUAACCAAGUGCAAGAACAGCGUUGUUGGGGGUGAGUUCUUGAGGGGUGUUUCGGGUGGGGAGAGAAGAAGGGUUAGCAUAGGCCAAGAAUUACUCGUAAACCCUAGCUUGCUCUUCUUGGAUGAGCCCACGUCGGGACUUGAUUCGACGACGGCGCAGCAGAUUGUGUCGGCAUUGUGCGAUUUGGCAGGUGGAGGAAGAACAAUUGUGAUGGCCAUACAUCAACCUUCAAGUAGGAUUUUCUACAUGUUUCAUAAGGUGGUGUUGUUAUCGGAAGGGAAUUGUUUGUAUUUCGGAAAAGUAUCGGAGGUCAUGGACUAUUUUUCGGGCAUUGGCUAUGUCCCAUUGGUAGCUAUGAAUCCUGCGGAUUUUCUAUUGGACCUUGCCAAUGGUCUGGCACCUAAUGGAUCGCAUGAAAACAAAAGCAAGGUGAAGCAGAGCCUAGCCUUGGCCUAUAAGCACAACCGUUUAUAUAAUUUGAAAGCUCAACUUCAAGGGGAGCAACUUCAAGAAACCAACUCCAGCCAUUUUCAAGAUGGAUCAGAAGACAAGAACUUUGCGAAAUGGCCCACUACUUGGUGGCAGCAAUUCUCUGUGUUGCUUAGGAGAGGACUGAAAGAGAGGAGGCACGAGUCCUUCUCUGGUAGCCAGAUUAACCAGGUUGUGGUGGUGGCUCUUCUUGCUGGGCUAAUAUGGUGGCAGUCAAAUAUUUCCCACUUGCAGGAUCGGACUGGGCUUCUCUUCUUUAUGUCUGAAUUUUGGGGGUUUUUCCCUCUGCUCCAAGCAAUUUUCACCUUCCCUCAAGAGCGCAAGAUGCUUGAAAAGGAAAGAUCAUCAGGCACAUUCAUGCUCUCCUCAUAUUUCAUAUCAAGGAUUGUUGCUGAUCUCCCUAUGGAGCUUGCCCUUCCAACCCUAUUUGUCACCAUAACAUAUUGGAUGGCAGGGCUCAAACCCACAGCAGGACACUUUUUCCACACCUUGCUUGUUCUGCUACUCAGUGUGUUAGUGGCUCAAGGCAUGGGGCUUGCUCUUGGGGCUCUGGUAAUGGACCAAAAAAAGGCCACAGUACUUGCAUCAGUCCUCAUGGUGUCAUUUCUGCUAGCUGGAGGUUUCUUUGUUCAACAUAUUCCUGCUUUCAUUGCUUGGAUCAAAUACAUCUCCAUCAUUAACUACUCAUACAAGCUCUUGCUGGGGUCUCAAUACAAUGAAAAUGACACUUACCCAUGUGAUAGUGGGCUUUGCUUGGUUAGAGAUUUCCCAAGUAUAAAACAUGUUGGGCUUAGUGGACAAAUAAGUGCAGCGGUUGCUUUGGCCAUAAUGCUUGUGGGUUGUAGGCUAAUUGCUUAUUUAGCUCUCAUGAGGACUGGGUCAUAGGCUAAUUGGUUUUUCCUUCCUAGAGAGUUAAACUGAGUGGUUAAAGGCAAUUGCUUUGGUGUGCCAUUUUGUUUAUGUAAAGCAUUAAGUUAUGCUAGCCCUAUAGUUAUGUGCUAUAUAGACUCACAGCUAGGCUAAUGGCGAACUCAAUAAGAAAAUUUGUAUGUAGUUUAGGCGUAAGCAGAAGCUUAGAAAUUAGAUUAGUUUGCUACUUCAAUUCUCGACAGCAAACUUGAUGUAUUAAAAUGAGGAAGGAAACUUUGGUAAGUUAAAGUUUGGUAAGUGGAAAUAUGGAAUCCAUUGAUCGAUCUUUUACAAUUAGAGCUGAUGUUGGAUUUUGCAGCAGCCAUUAGGAUUUCAUCAUGUCUGCUAUUGUUUAAUGUAAACAUAUAAAAUCAGGAAAGGAAAGGAGAGGUGGUUAGUUCAUGAGGGAAGAGAGAAUAACACAGAAGGAGAGGCAAAAGAAACUCUGAGUAUUUUACUUUAUAUGCAGAUAGUGACAACAUGAAGCUAAAAGAAUUGCAAAGGCAUAAUUGGAUGCAAGAGAAGCUGCGGUUGAUACUUGAAUCUUCUGAUGAAGAGCACAUGAAGCAGUCCCCUUCUGUCAACAAUGUCUUGAAUCUCCAUCUGUCAACAAUGUGAAUUGAAGAGCCACUAGAAGCAGAGCAACUAACAUGCAUGAACUCCUUGAAUUGCUUGGAGAGAUCAAUAAGAGUAGUGAUAGUAAUGCUUCUUGACUUGGUAGUGCAAUGAGAG